AGUUGCUAAUUCCGAGGUGUCUUGAAUGUGGCAAGUGACAACCUGUCACUUCCGACGAAAUAUUUCUGUCAAGACCACUGUUAUCAAGAUGGCGUUACGGCCGGGAUCUGGGGGAGGUGGCAGUUUCAUUUACCCAGUUGGAGGGAGCCUGGGACCACCACAAGGCAUGAUGCCUAUUCAGCAGCCACAACAGCAGCCUUUCCCUGGGAUGGUCCAAGUCCCAAUGCAGCCCAGCAUGCAAGGGAUGAUGGGAAUGAACUUCAGAGGCCAGAUUCCGCCAGGUGCCAUCCCUAUGCAGGGUGGGAUGACCAUGGGGAUGCAGGCCCCUGGGAUACAGUUCAUGGGUCAGCCACAGUUCAUGGGCAUGAGGGCCCCCGGGCCCCAGUACACUGCUGACAUGCAGAAACAGAUGGCUGAAGAGCACCAGAAGCGUGUGGAGCAGCAGCAGCGGAUGCUGGAGGAGGACAGGAAGAGGAGGCAGUUUGAGGAGCAGAAACAGAAGCUGAGGUUGCUGAGCAGUGUCAAACCCAAGGGACCGAUGGGGGCGAGUCGAGAUGACGCCCUGGAGGCCAUCAAAGGAAACCUCGAUGGGUUCAGCAGAGACGCCAAGAUGCACCCAACGCCAUCUUCCCACCCCAAGAAGCCAGACUCAUCGCCAUCCCACUCUUCUGUCACCUCUCACUCCCCCCCCCCUGCUUUCCCUGAUGACCAUGACGACUUUACUGACUUCAUGCAGGGGCCUGUAGACGCUUCUUCCUCCUCCGCCUCCCUCUUCCCCUCGUCCCCCCAGGCCCAUCCCCUGUCUAUAGACCCAGGUGCUGGUCGGAGACCCUCCUCUGCCCCCCUCCCCCAGUCCCUUCCUGUCUCUGUGUCCAUUCCCACUGCCACCCAACACUCUACUGUCAACUCAAGCUCCCAAUCUGCAUUUCAAGGCCCGUCCUUGGAAGAGAAACUGUUCUCCUCGUGUGAUUUAACAGCUGAAAAGAAGGCCCAGGUUAGCUUUAAGCCCCAGAGGCUCCAUGUACCCAACCAGGCUCCAGUCUCUGCCCAGUAUCAAACCAGCACCAAGGCCCGGAACUGGGCUGAGGCUCCCGGGGAUCUGAGUUCUGCCUUCACCGUGGAAAGGCCACCUGAAGCUCCAACACAAGCACCCGCAGCCCAACCCCCUCCUACCCAGACCAGUAGGGAUGGUGGUGUUGGUGGGUACCCUCAAGAGCACAUCCAACCCAUGGUUCCAGGCUGGCUCUACAAUGACAGCCUCAUCCCAGAGAUGUUCAAGAAGGUCCUUGAGUUCACCAUGACCCCUGGGGGCAUAGACACAGCCAAGUUGUACCCCAUCCUGAUGUCGUCAGGCCUGCCUAGGGAAGCACUGGGCCAGAUCUGGGCCUCGGCUAAUCGCACCACGCCAGGAAUGCUGACCAAGGAGGAGCUCUACACAGUCCUGGCUCUGAUUGGUGUGGCACAAAGUGGUCUCCCCGCUAUGAAUGUGGAGAUCUUGAGCCAGUUCCCGUCCCCGCCGGUGCCCAACCUGCCGGCCCUUGCCAUGGCUCUGGCUCCAGUCUUGCCCCAGCAGCCCAUGAUGACCCAGCCCCCAGUUCCUGUCACCAUGGCCAUGCCUAGCACCGCCCCAUCGGUCAUGACCAUGGUUCCUCUCGCCUCCACCCAGCCCAACACUAACUUCGUCACCAACUUCCCACCCAUCCAGGGGACCAAAGCAGACGACGAUGACUUCCAGGACUUCCAGGAGGCCCCCAAGGCUGGAGGAGGCGACCAGUCCUUCUCUGAGUUUCAGGGGGAGUCUGGAGGAAGCAGCUUCCCUACCACUACACCCUCUCAGCAAAAGAACAGUGUUCCUUCCAUGCUGACCCCAGUCACUGGUUCCUCGUCGGCAUACUCUGAUAAAUACGCCGUCUUCAAGCAGCUGACUGUGGAGCCGCCCCCGGAGCCCACGCAACCCGCCUCAGAUUUCGGCAGAGACAAAUACAGCGUGUUUCGACAGCUAGAGCCACCAGCGGACAGGAAACCUGUAGGGGAAGGAUUUGCCGAUUUCAAGUCUGUCAGCGUGGAUGAUGGCUUCACAGACUUUAAAACCGCCGACAGCAUCUCUCCACUAGACCCUCCAGACCAGGCCAAGAUGUUUCAGCCAGCCUUCCCACCUGCUUUUCCUAUCUCUCAGUCUCUACCACAACUACAGCAUCAACCGGCAGUCUCUCUCUCACAGCCUAAAAACCCGUUGAACAUGGCUGACCUGGAUCUGUUCUCCAUGGUUCCGUCAGCCCCCGCCCACGCUCCUGCUGACACCAAGCCCGGCCCCUUCCCCUCCGUGGUGCUGCCACCUGGUGGGGCCAAGCCCACCGGCGGAGGGCCUGAUGACUUUGGUGACUUUGCCCUCUUCGGCCCCGCCUCCUCCGCCGAGGCUGGCCCCGGCGGCUCUGCCGGGGGAGGGGACGUGGCAGCGUCCCAGGAUGACUUUGCGGACUUCAUGGCUUUUGCCAGCUCUGUGGGGGAGGCCAAAGCAGAGGACGCGAGGUCUGGGGAUGGUGGCACUGGUGUGAGAGGAGAGGCCAACACCGCCUCACAGCUCCUCCAGCAGGGCUCUGACAAGUACUAUGUGUUUAAGCAGAUGUCUUUGGAGGGAGGCCUGACGUUUGACGACAACAAGGAAAGCACCGGGGGCUCCUUCUCUUCCCUGAAGAGUGAGGCCGACGACUUCGCCGACUUCCAGUCGUCCAAGUUCUGCUCAGCGCUGGGGUCCUCUGAUAAGAGCCUGGUUGACAAGGUGGCCAUGUUCAAACACGGAGGCAAGGAGGACUCUUCCUCCGUUAAGUCCCUAGACCUCCCGUCCAUCGGGGGCAGCAGUGUGGGCAAGGAGGACUCUGAGGACACUCUCUCAGUGCAGCUGGACAUGAAGCUGUCGGACAUGGGUGGGGACCUGAAGCAUGUGAUGUCAGACAGCUCUCUGGACCUGCCGGGCCUCUCGGCCCACCAACCCCCUGCUGCAGAGGGAGAUGACAUGAAGUUUGACCCCUUCGGAACGUCUGCGGUCAGCAGUAUGGCCUGCUAUGAUUGGUCAGACAGAGAGGAGUGCCUGUCCAGUCAGGGCCAGGUCAAGAGGCAUGCUGGCCUGGAUGAUGCUGGUUCUUCCUCUUUCCCUUCCUCAGCUGUAGUCCACAGGAAGGAGACGUUGUUCAGCAGCACAGAGAACAUCACUGUCACACGCAUUUCCCAGACUAAGAUCACCACCUUCUCUACUGAGGAUAAUGUGUCAGCUGACAGCAAGUUUGAGGCCUUGGCUGACUUUGGCUCCGGUGAGCCGGGAGGUCUGGGUGGGGACGAGGACGAUGACUUUGGGGACUUUGCCAGCACGGUGUCGGAGACGUCAGAGUCCCCCGCAGCCAUGGUCGAGCCUGGCUCAGAGGGGAACCUAAACCAGGCCUCCGAUGACUUUGGAGCAUUCCAGGGGGACAAGGCCAAGUUUGGGAAGUCUGACUUUCUGAAGGCAAGUUCUCAGACCAAGGUAAAAUCCAGCGAGGAGAUGAUCAAGAGUGAACUUGCUACCUUUGACCUCUCGGUACAAGGCACCCACAAGCGCAGCCACAGUUUGGGGGAGAAGGAGAUCGGGCGCUCGCCCCCCUCCCCAGCCCCCGAGCAGCCCUUCAGAGACCGUUCCAACACCCUGAGUGAGAAGCCGGCCCUGCCAGUCAUCAGGGACAAGUACAAGGACCUGACUGGGGAGGUGGAGGAGAGUGAGCGCUAUGCGUAUGAGUGGCAGCGGUGUCUGGAGAGUGCCCUGCAGGUCAUCACUAAAGCCAACAACACUUUGAACAGCAUCAGCAGCUCCACUGUCUGCACGGAGGUUAUCCAGUCCGCACAGGGCAUGGAGUACCUUCUGGGUGUGGUGGAGGUGUAUCGUGUGACCAAGCGGGUGGAGCUGGGAGUCAAGGCUACAGCUGUGUGUUCCGAGAAGCUGCAGCAGCUGUUGAAAGACAUCAGCCGCGUGUGGAACAACCUCAUGGGCUUCAUGUCUCUGGCCAACCUGGCACCUGAUGAGAGCUCGCUGGACUUCUCCUCAUGCAUUCUGAGACACGGCAUCAAGAAUGCCAAGGAGCUUGCCUGUGGGGUCUGCCUUCUCAACGUGGAUUCACGCAGCAAGAGCAAGGAAGAGAGAACUAUUGGACGUCUGUUUAAAAGAGCACUGGCAAAAAACACUGACAAGAGGUUAAGGGUAAGGGCUUUUAACUCUGAGACGGACAAUUUCAAGUUGCUGUACGGAGGUCACCAGUAUCAUGCCAGUUGUGCCAAUUUUUGGAUUAACUGUGUGGAGCCCAAACCACCGGGCCUCAUCCUGCCUGAUUUGCUCUGAACACCAUACCCAAAUGGCUGGACCUCAUCCUGCCCGACCUGCUCUGAACCACAUACCCAAACGUCUCAUCCUGCCCGACCUGCUCUGAACCACAUACCCAAACGUCUCAUCCUGCCAUCCGACCAUGGCACUGAGUUAUCAACACUGGCAAUGUGCAUCAGUCAGGCCCUCAGCCAUUCACCAAAUCACCUCUGAUCUUGGGCUGUGAGCACACAGAGAGACAUCAGGAGUCUCUGGAAUCCUCUAUUUAUUUGCCUUUUAUUCUCUCUUUUUUUCCCUCUCCAUGGAACUCUGUGUCCUUCAACCAAGGCAGUAGUGUAGAAUCUGCUAAUUCGUACCAAUUCCAGGCUUGGCAAAAAACGAAGCCUAUUAUGUAUCAUAAUGUAUUGUAAGAUUAUACUGUAUAAAUGGUGAAAAUAUAAACGACUGUCUUCACUACUGUAGAAUUGAUUAGAAGUUCCAGGUUGGCCCUUAUUUCUGCAUACAGUAUUCAGACAUAACCAAUGUUUUGGGAUGGUAAUAUGAAUAGGGUAAGGAGUACAUCAUUUGUCUAUAAUGCACUAUUUUUGUGACUCAAUUCCGUAUCAAACAUUUGAAAAUGUGCAAUAUAAUGAUGAUGAAGGCUGAAGGAACUUCUAGACAAAAUGAAAUGUAAAGUUAUGUAAUUUUUCUUGUCACGUGUUUGGUAGUGGAGAGGCUGUUGUUUACCUACGUUAUUUUUUUGCUUUCUUGAUCUUUGUCUUUAAUCAGGGAUGUGGUACAUCACACUGCUGGGACUGAAUCACUUUGAUGGUCAGGUCUCUAAAAGAAGACUCCGUGGCUGUUAACAUUUUAAUAGAUUUCUAAAAAACUUUAAUUAAACAUGCAAAGCUUCACUGCUCUGCUGUCUUGAAAGGCAGUGAUAUUUGCCAUUUUAAGUAUUGUGUGACAUUUACUGCUUUUGUAUUGUUUGAUAGGGGCUGCUUUAUCACAAUGAAUAUUAAUGUAGUAUUUGAAAAUGUUAGAGACUUGAAAGGCAGUCUUAAUUCUAAAGAUGGUUGCUUGUGAGUGUGGUUAUUUUCUGUAUUGCUGUGGUAGUGUAUAUACACUCAUGCUAAUGAUAGUGAUGUUUCUGCAGAUCUAAGUCUUGAAUUAAGUCAACUGUGAUUAUGAACUACUAUUGCAGCAGCACUUUGUGUGGAUUACAGAAUAAUAGUUUUGCAGAAACUGUCAUGUGAAGAGAUUAAAUUUACAUAAAUAAGACAUUGAUGGAUUAA